GCAGCGACCUUGCGUUGACGUCACGCCAACAUCCGGGUCUUCGCGCAGUGUCGCUUGUGCGCAGGCGCACUUCAACCGGCGCUUCGACCUCUGCCUUCGAAGUCCCAGGCCGCUCAAAAUCACUCACCUGUCAAAAUGUUCACCUGCGCGAAGUUCGUCUCCACACCUGCCCUGGUGCGUGUGGGAUCCAGGUCCCUGUACAGGUCAGUUUCUGCUGCUGUGCUUUCCAGACCAGAGGUCAAAUCAGAGGUCCUGCCUCAGUCGGCCCUCAGGAGCUUCCAGACCAGUGCUGUGAGCCGUGACAUUGACACCGCUGCCAAAUUCAUCGGAGCGGGAGCUGCCACCGUGGGAGUGGCUGGAUCCGGUGCUGGAAUCGGAACAGUGUUCGGGAGCCUUAUCAUCGGAUAUGCCAGGAACCCAUCUCUAAAGCAGCAGCUCUUCUCGUACGCCAUCCUGGGCUUUGCUCUGUCUGAAGCCAUGGGGCUCUUCUGUUUGAUGGUUGCUUUCUUGAUCCUGUUCGCCAUGUGAAAAUCUGCUAGUUACGUGAACGCAUUUAGUACAGUUGUAACUACAUAUUUUUGCUGUUGCUACCCAAACGGCUGCUGCCGGUCUCUGCGAGAGAAAAUGUAUGAAUAUAAAGUCCACUAAAUCAUGUAACAAUUCAAGAUUGUUCAACUAUUUAAACCCUCGAUCCUGUUCAUGCCCACUGAAUGAGAAAAGCAGCCGCUCCAUCGGUGCUGCUGGCAUAUCAAGCUGAAACUCGCCAUGGAAAUAAAGAACCUGAUAGCACUUUCUGUACAUCAGAAUAGGGAUGUUGUGAGUGUCUGUAGACUGUAAGCGCCCAUUCAGAUGUUUUCAGGGGUUAAACUGCUGGUCAAUAGUAUGACUGUAAAUUUAUAGCAGUUGGUUGAAACCUCAAUUGCUUUUGUAAAUUGCAUUAAAUAAAUUUAGAUCACAGUUAACCGUA